AUGGAAUUUUCUACCUCCUCCAACAGUAUUCGGCUUGAGGCAUCCACCUUAGUCUGCAACACGAAGAACACGGCGGGUGAUGAUCAAGAAGCCAGGCUGGACCUCGACAGACACAUUGGAAACUCGAAUGGCUGGUUUACUUGGAAAGGCGUGAACUUCGCGAAUUCGGCAAGAAAUAUUGCGCUGGUUCGUAGGGAUGAGGGAUAUUGGCUUGAAGGCGAUCUCCCCAAGAGAGAUGCGGGCUACAGAGAAAGACAAGGUAUUUAUCUCGAUGAACGAAUUCAAAAUGUGAAUAGCCAACUGGUCAAGGAGAUUUAA